AUGUCUAGUCUGACUACAAGUUUUAAGUGGUCAAAGGAGAUUUUUGGGCUAACACAUAAACUUGGCAUGGGAAGUGGGAUCAACAAGGAUCGUCCCUUGAAUGCUAUUGAUAACAUGAAUUCAUCAAGACAACAUUCUGCUGAAUCGCAAAAUCCCCUAGUCUUAUCUAAUACAAGAGUUGCCCUAAACUAUUUGUGGGAAGUUAGGGGCACGUACCUGGAUCAAAAGGAGAAAUUGGAUGCAUUCAUUGCCCUUAUGAGGGAGUACAAAGAUAACAGAGUUGAUACUCUAGGAGUCAUUGACGGAUUGAAGAAACUGUUUGUAGGGCAUCCAAACUUACUUCUAGGUUUCAACAAAUUCUUGCCCCGGGGGUUUGAAAUCACGCUUGAUAAUGAAGAAGAGGUUACCCCUGAUGAGUUCAAACAGGAAUUUGAGGAGGCUUCAAAUUUUGUCGAAAAGAUAAAGGAGCGUUUUGGAAGCAAUGACCGUAUCUACACUUCUUUUUUGGACCAUCUGAAUGCGUACAAGGAUGGAAACAAGAGCUUGGAUGAGGUCUGCCGUGAGGUUGCGUCACUUUUUAAGGACGACCCAGAUUUGUUGGUCGAGUUCACCAACUAUAUUCGAGAAGAUUAA